GAACGUGCCGGGCCGGCGCACGCGUGGCUCGCUGGAAGGUUCCAGCAGUGAGAAGCCGGUGCUUCCAUGGCCGGUUACAUCCAUGUCCCUCUUGCGGCCCCCGCAGUCCCCAGGCUUCACGUCAGCGUGGAUGAACAGGACAUGGAAACUGGCUCUUUGCGGCUCAUGAAAGAACUGAGGCCGCACUGGGACCCGGCUCAGAUCAGGCUGAAGGUGUUCACAGAUGGUAUCACGAAUAAACUUGUUGCUUGUUACGUUAGUGAUUCAUCAGAUGAUGCAGUUUUGGUGAGGGUGUAUGGCAACAAGACAGACUUGUUUGUUGAUCGUGAAAAUGAAGUGAAGAGCUUUCACGUCUUGCAUGCUCAUGGCUGUGCGCCACAACUGUACUGCACCUUUCAGAAUGGGCUGUGUUAUAAAUUUAUGGAAGGCGUUGCAUUGGAUCCAGAACAUGUCAGGAAUCCAUCCAUUUUCAGGCUUAUAACCAGACAACUAGCAAAGAUUCAUUCCAUUCAUGCGCAUAAUGGCUGGAAUCCCAAGCCAAAUCUAUGGUCAAAGCUGGAAAAAUACUUCAGUCUUGUUACCACUGAAUUUGCAGAUGAACGUUUGCAGGCAAGGUUCACGAUGCAAGUCCCUCGUCUUCAUGAACUUAAACAGGAAUUGGCAUGGAUGAAGGAACACCUGUCUAGCCUUGGCUCCCCAGUAGUGCUGUGCCACAAUGAUUUAUUGUCUAAAAAUAUUAUCUAUAAUGAAAUACAAGGUUGCGUAAGAUUCAUUGAUUAUGAAUAUGCAGGCUAUAACUACCAGGCUUUUGAUAUUGGGAACCAUUUCAAUGAAUUUGCAGGUGUAAAUGAAGUUGAUUACAGUUUGUACCCAGACAAAAAUGUCCAAUUACUUUGGCUGAAAUGCUAUCUUGAAGCUUUGAAAGAGUGUCAAGGAAAUACUGCAGAAGUAACUGAUAAGGAAGUGGAAGUACUUUAUUUACAAGUUAAUGUAUUUACACUGGCUUCCCAUUUCUUCUGGGGUCUUUGGGCACUGAUCCAGGCGAGGUAUUCGACAAUUGACUUUGAUUUUUUGGGGUAUGCUUCUGUGCGAUUCUGCCAAUAUUUCAAAAUGAAGCCAGAAGUUACAAACCUAAAACUUCCUGAAUGACAGCAGCUUUACCAUUACUGAAGAGAAAACAGGCUGAAUGAAUUGAGUAUGUUACAAAGUACCGGAAUUCUAUUGCUUUCUAGAACAUCAUGUCAUUAUAUUAAAACUAGAUAACAAUCAGCCAAAAAUUAUAGUUUAUGGCAUACUUUAGUAAUUUGACACUAAUUAUGCCACUUAAUUAUGCUUGAAGGCAAUAUUGGUAAGGAUAUUCUACAUUUUUAGUGGAAAACACCAUUUCACUGCAACUAAAAAUUUUCUUCAUCUACAGUUCCACUGCCACUAUCUGUGCUGAGGCACAACCAUGAAGCAAUUACAUGCUUCAACAGAUUGUGAAAAUCUUCACCAGUGCUGCCGUGCCUUGCACAAAAGCCCUGUUCACAGCUGGGCAUGGUUUCCUCUUCCAGCUAGUGCAAUAAGUAUUGUGAGAUCUAAAGGUACAGGGGGAAAGAAUGUUCUCAGUGAGUAAUAGUUUGUGUUUCUGUUAUUGGAAAAAUUUGAUUUAAAUACUCAGAUGUUAGCUGGCUCAAGACCCUAACCUUCGGUUGUCUAAUUUGCACAUAUGGUUGCUAGAGUUAUUUUUAGAUGACUCUUGUGACCCAGCAGCAGCUGAGGUAAUAUGCAGAUCUUCCAACCCAUCAAGAAUUGAAUAUAGGAGGACACAUGUCAAGGAUAUUUUAUAAGCGUAUUUACAUUUAUAUAUAAAAGAAAUUGGACAUGCUCAACAAGUCAAGCAGCAUUUGUGGAGAGAGAAAAGGCUAAUGUUUCAGCUCACUGCUCUUUACUCAAAACUAAUUUGGUUACAAGCAAAUUCCAUUUACUUUCCCCAUUUCUCUCCUUGUCUUCCAAUUCAGUAUUAUUUUUUAACUUUGUCCCAUCUUCAACUAUCUUGUUGAUUUACGUUGGCCCCUGGUCCUGGAACACUUCAACAUUAAAAUAUUUUGAAUUGUUUUUCUGCAAAUUUGUGCAUCCCCCACUUCUUUCACCUUACUGUUGACAACUGUACCUUCAAGCAUCUAGGCUGUUAAGUAGUUAUAAACUUCAAACUCUGUUGCACUUCGCAGGAAUAAAAAUUUACAACUUUGUUUUUCCAGUGAGUCUAGGUGUACUAAGGCAUCAAUCAGUAAAUUGCAAAUUUGGGGUGACUUCAACACCGUAUUAGGACGGGUACAGUCAGUGAUUUAGCAGCUUCUGGAUAUCAGUGUUUAACUUAGCACGUGCAAACUUUAAUAGCUGUUAAUUUCAGGAGAGUAACGACAGCAAAUUCCAACAGCUUUCCUGUCAUUCCUGCUGCAAAAUGCCAGCCAUGAUGAAUUUAACUGGAAAUGCUAACCUUAAAUCCAUACUGCAAUAGCUAAAGACAAUACCUUAGCUCUGAAGAAUUACUGGUUAUAAUGCAACAAACUAUGUUCAUCUUCCAUUCCUUUAAAUGUAAGCAUUGUAUUAAUGGAGACGAUAAAAAGAAACGCAUUGCAGCAAUUCUUGUAUUCUUCAUUUUAUGUAAAGUACCUUCUGUCAAUGGUGUAAGGCUUUGGGGUUAAAUUGUUAAUUAAGCUUGAUCACAAUUUCAUCUUUAAACUUUGUAAUUUCUUUCCAUUAAAACGGUCUCUUAUUUCAAGCAUAUUUUCAUUUGUGUAACUCUGAUUGUGAAGUAAUGCUGAACAAUUUAUUUAACUUGUGUCAUCCUUGGAAAAGGGAAUUUGUGAUUUGACCAGAACAGUUGCUCACUGUUUGCACUUGAACCAAAAAAUGUUUGCCUAAAUUUGGUAAAGGGUUUUAAAUUCUUUGUAUGAAUAAUGAACUAUUAAGAAUUAAGCUGCAUAAAUUCAUGCGCUCAGCCAAACCUGUACUGAGAAUUAAAUGGUAUGCAGAAUGUAAAAUUAAUUUAUAUAUUGUAAAAGAAUGUCACUUGUCUCUCUGUUCUCUGGUGAUGUGCAGCAGCUUUGUUUAAAAUUUAGAGAUGAUUGAAGUAAAACCAAAUACCGUUUUGAGCUUACAAACUUCCAGUUUAAUUCCUGCAUUUAUGUUCCAUGAAUUGGUCAGAAUGGGUAUGUAAUCACUAUAAUUAAUAUGAAGAAACUGCUACAAACAAAAAAUAAGUUCUAAUGAAGUAGACAUAGGUUCUCUAUUUCUCGGGAAAAUAUCAGCGUAGAUAUAAAAUGGAAGCUUUCUCCCUGUUGUAAAAUGUUGGUCUUUCAGUCAAACAUGACAAGACUGAUCUAUUUUCUAAUUCAAUAGACUGACUUCAUAAGCCACAUAUUUUUCCCAUUUAUUCCACAUAGUUCAAUGAUGGUCUGUCAGUCUUGUAUAUAGACAUAUACAAUGGGGGUAAUUUUUAAAUUACACUUUUUAUGCAAAGUUUAUUAAUGCAUUGCACAACAUCAGCCUGGAUUGUUUUCUUGCAAUAGCAGCAAAUCUUGCUUAAAAUCUGUUGCAUUUCUCUACAUGAUGCCUUUCAUCUAAAAUGGAAAAGUUAAAGGUUAACUUUUGUCCCCAGUAUUUCCUGCACUUGCUUUGAACAGUUCAGUUUUAAAAUGAACUCGUGCAAAUUAAAAUAAGCAAAGAAAAUUAAUAUUGUACCUAGCUAGGAUACUUCCAGUAUUGCAUUUUAUAGCAUGUAUCUACUACCCACAUAUUUGUGGAGGUACCUAUUGUUUCCCAAAUUCAGCAGUCCUCGCUUUCUUAAAUCUAACUUAACUGCUUUUGGAGGUCUGUGUGUGUCUAUACCCAAUUAUUUUUAUUUAAUGAGAAUCCACUAUUGGAGACUAUAUAAUACAUCAGUGGAGGCUAAUUUGAGUGAUGAUGAGAACAUGUUCUAUCACAUUAAAGUUGGAGGAUCUGAUUUUUGUGGCCUACAGCACUGAAAUUAACUAUCAAAAGUGAAGUUGUAUAAUGUUUCCUAAGAUGGCUUCAAAGAAACUAAUAUAUUUUGUGGAAGUGAUGUAAACAUUGUGUAGAUUUAUGACCCUGUAAGAUACAUUGUGCAUCAAUCUGCUGAAAAUAGGAUAUAGUUAGAUUAUGACAGAUGCAACUGUCCAAGUUGUUUCAAUCAGCAUCUUCUUUCAAGUGUCACAUAACGAAAAUUUUAAACAUCUCAGCUGAUGCAAGACACUUCAAGGCUGUUGCAUUAAAGUAUUCAUUUGGUGCAGACAACGGGAAUUAUUUGACCAGCUAUCCAAUUAAUUGCAGGCUUCCUGAGGUGCAGUGGCAGUAUCCCUAUCCCUGAGUUGAGGAAGCCCACAUUAAGAACCACCUGCACUAAAGAUGUGUCAUAGCAUCUCCUGAACAGUUUCAUCAGUCAAUAUCUCCAAUUAGUCUCAACCCUGUGCUGUUUCCUGACAGACACCACCCUUUUUCCCCCUAAAAAAGGUUGCUAUUGAAUAUAUGCCCACUUAAUUGUUCAAUAGUGAUAUUCCAGGUAAUUGCAAUUUGAACAUAGGAAUCAUCCUCCUCCCCUGUAGCAGUUCUAUCAAGGAUUGAGAUAUUUUAGUUUUUGUAUUAUCAUGUAAUGGGGAGUUCAUUUAAACAUGAGCUUAUUUUAGGUAACAUUCGCAAGAAUUUGAUGCUUCUGUAAUAACUAUACAACGUAAUGUAAAUUAAUCACCAAACGUGAGCCACAUAUAACAUAUAAAGAAGAUUUGUGCCAG